AUGGGAAACAAACAUAUGCUUAAUUCGUUAUCCAAACCAAAGGGCGUCCCAGACUUGGAAGAGAUGAUGCUGACCAUGAUGGCAAAGAUUGAAGAGGUGGCAAAUGAUAACACACAACUGAAGCGCGACAACGCACAACUGAAGCUUGACAUCACAGAGCUAAAGCGCAACGAGGCUCACAUGAAGCUCGACGGUGAAAGCCUCAAAUCCCUCAUAGAGAAUGCGGUGGAAGAUAGACUCCAAUACCUUGAAGCCAUCACUCGGCAAAUAACGCCUCCGACGUGUGAGACCCUGGCAAGCCUGGGUGUGACAAGGACGGGAUCUUACCUCGUGGACCCAGAUGGGGUGCUUCGAGGCGAUCCACCCAUACGAGUGCUCUGUGACAUGGAGACAGGUCAGGGCGGGUCUACUUAA